AUGUACGGCAUUGGUGGAAUGACCGACAAGGAGGGCAAGUUCUGUCUCCACUGUAACGAACUCCUCAAAGAUCACAAGGCUGGGAAAUAUUUCGAAAUCGAAACAAUCGUUUCCAACGAAACUCUGUCCCAAGUUUGUGAAAGACUGGACAUGUCUACGGAGGGCAUCAAGUUGUUAAACAGAAUGUUGAAAAGUCCCGAUGCUUUCGAACGAAUGUUCGACACCUCGGAAGGAGAAUUCCAAGAGUUAUUAGCUGAAGAAAAUCAGACUCGACUCCAAAAUUAUCUGCAAGACCCAGAGUUGAUCAUGGAGAUGGGAACAAAGAUCCCAGUGAUUCGUUUGAUCGAAAUGGACAGAUGCAGCGGCGAAGCAGCUUGUUGCUCGUUUCAUGCUUUCAUAAGAACGACGAACAUGAUUAUUGGAUGCCUUCAAGAGAAAGCGGCGCAGAUGAGAAAGGUCGCGACAGUCAAUUUUCAAUUACAAGAGCAAGGAGUGAAUGUCCAAUUCACCGAGAAGUCUCAUAGCAGGAAGCUGAACGGUGAACAAUGCGACAGAUUCGUCAAAAAGGCAUCAGUCGUCAUCAAUACCCUUUACAGCGAUCCUGCCUAUGCAGAUGACAGAGAACGAUGGAUAGGCGUAAUGGAAGAAUGGGACCUCUUAAGCACCAUGCUGAAGUGUCAAGAACUUGACAAACUUGAAAACCUGGAUUUUCAAAUCGGUUUAACCCUUCCUGUGAGGCUACGAACGCUUAUGCUGAAUAUUAUCGACCUGGUUGGAGAUCCUAGUUUGAUGCAGUCAUUCUACUUCCACUCGCUCCUUGUUGGGCACAUUGGCCAACAAUUCUACGACCGUUUGGUACAAUAUGGGAUCCCUCUUGGAUUACUGAACAUCAACAUUUUGGAAGACCUUCGUAUUUGCAAGUCCAACCAGAGGUAA